AUCGCAGGCAGCGCCAGUUCCCCUGCACUCUCUCAUCCCUGCAGGUUGCGCUUACCCACACACAUACAUACGCAGACCUGACUCCACCGAUCCUCACUGAAUCGCCCCCACUUUUUAUUCUAUUCAGAGCACUUUUUAGUUAUUUCUUUGCAACUCAACAAAAAUGAGGACUCUUCUGGUUUGUGCCGCUCUCGUGCUCACAGCCACCUUGGCGCCAAACACCUGUCAUGCAGCGGACUUCCCCGGUAGUUCACACCAGAAGUGGGAUGCAAGAGGACCCUACACUUUGGGAGCAGACUCUGGUACCUCAGGCUCCUGCGCCAUCAAACUGAGACCUUCCGGCCAUUGCGGGGGCUCGGUGUCAGGGGCCGGAGCAGAGGAGGCCGACGAGUGCCCCUACCAGGUAACCCUGCCUCCGCUCACCAUUCAGCUGCCCAAGCAGUUCAGGCUACUGGAAAAGACAAUGAAAGAGCUGCAGAGCCUGAAGGAGGUGGUAAACAAGCUGAAGAGCGGCUGCCAUGAGUGCAGCAACAUGCGUGGGAGUGGAGUCUACGGGCACCAGCAGGCAGACCAGGGACAGACAGGAGAUGUGGCAGGACUGGACCUGACAAGACAGGAUGUGCAAAGUGGGUCCAGCCAAGAAGAAAUGGACAACGUGAUGGUGUCUGGCGCUACUGUGGAAGGCACUGGAUUGGGACACGGACAUCAUUUUGGGAAAAUCACACCUGGUCCGAGCAGUAUGCAGGAGAUGCAGGUGAAGCUGAACAGGAUGUCAGUGAGCCUGCGCAAUGCCAGGAACCAAAUCUCCACACUGCAGGGUCGCAUGGAGGGCCUCAACCUGCUCAACAUGGACAACGUGCAGUCCAUGGUGGACAGACGUGUGGAGAACAUCACUGGCGUGGUCAACAAGCUGAGCUCCACCUGCACCACACAAUGUGCAGUACAGAAUACGCCACAGUUCAUUUUAGCCCCUCGGGACUGCUCAGACUACAAUGUGCUGGAGACGAGGAAGAAUGGAGUGUAUCGCAUAACCCCCGACCCCCGCAACGGGACGUUCGAGGUCUAUUGUGACAUGGAGUCCUUUGGUGGCGGCUGGACGGUUAUACAGCAGCGACUUGAUGGGUCUGUCAGCUUCAACCGCACCUGGACUGAAUACAAGAAAGGCUUCGGCAACCUCAGAGGUGAGUUCUGGUUGGGCAACGACCACAUCCAUCUGCUGACAAAGGCCAAAGACAUGACGAUGCGUAUUGAGCUGGAGGACUUUGAGGGUGUGCGGGAGUAUGCCAAGUAUGACCAGUUCUAUGUGGCCAAUGACUACCUACGAUACAGGCUGUCCAUCAGCGGAUACAGUGGGACGGCCGGGAACGCAAUCAGCUUCAACAAGCACUUCAACCACGACCAAAAGUUCUUCUCCACCCCAGACCGCGACAAUGACAUGUACCCCUCGGGUAACUGCGGAGCCUACUACAGCUCCGGCUGGUGGUUUGAUGCCUGCAUGUCGGCCAACCUCAACGGCAAGUACUACCACAAAAGGUACAAGGGGGUCAGGAACGGGAUCUUCUGGGGAACGUGGCAUAACAUGUCGACAGAGUACUACCCGACCAACUACAGGCAGGCGUUCAAGACGGUCAAGAUGAUGAUACGGCCCAAGAAUUACACUCCGUAAGAGGACUGGCGAAUGAAUAUGGAAAAAUGGACAGUCAGAAGUAGUACCGGAAACAGACUGUAGACUCACAUGCACAUACUUACACAUAUCACCAAAUGUUACACAUUCGCAAGCCUGUUGGGCACUUUGGAAGCAGUCCAAAUUAGGGAUGUACCGAUAUAUCGAUAUGUCCGGACUCGUACUUGCAAAAAUGUUUCGAUACUACGACACCGAUACCACUUAACCACUGUAGUCGGGCCUGGACCGAGUUCCUCGAGCACUUGCUCAUCUCCGACCAAGCGAGCAGUGUUCUUGUCACGAAGCGCGGAGGCGCCUGGUUGAUCCUGCCAGUAGCAUAUCUAAGAUUAAGCCAUUCAAGUCAAAGGACACAAGGACCUGUACAGUCAAACUGUGAAUGGCUCAUUAAAUCAAUAGGUCAACCUACUACAUAACACUUGUAAUAAAAAUAACCUGCCCCUUACAUUUUUUAAAACAGAGUCAAGACAAAAGAGAAGUGAUCCUGUUAUCAUGUAUCACUUCAGUUUUCCUGCCAGUUUUAUUUUAGAACCUAAAUGCCUUGUGUUACAGGCUACAUUUACGAGAAAUGUGUGCCAAGAUUUAGAAAAGCACACAGGUGUGUGUUAAAACAUCACUAAUGACAAGUUGUUACUCUGCAAAGUGCUAUUUGAGUGGAAAUUUAUGCCAUGUUCAAGAAAAGUUUGUGUUUGAUUAAAAUAAAAUACUUUUUGAUCACAAUUGCAAGACGUAAUUGCAUUAUCGAAUAUCAGUACUCAAAUGUAAGUACAGUACUUGACCUGUAUUGUGUGGGGGGAAAAAAAGUGUUAUCGGUGCAUCCCUGGUCUAAACAAAAACAAAAAUCAACCGUGCUGUCAGUUCUCCACUGCGGCAUAUAUAACCUUCUAAAUUUUGAAUUAAAAUGACAAUAAAGAACAAUGGACUGUGAACAAGAACUGACAAAUAGAAAUAUCACACGAGCUGUGUAAAAGCUAGCCUCCUGCAGGGGCCAUCAUAUUAAAAGAUAUGUUACUAUGGAUGAUUUUUUUUCCACUGAGGUUCUCUGUCAAUAAUCCACUUGCUGUCCUGCUGCAUCUUUCUAUUAAACCAGCUUAGACUCAGCUCAUUGCACAGAAAUAGUUAAACUUAUGAGCUAUCAUUUUGCCCACUCUAAACGCUUGCAUAAUUAACAACAGCCAUUCAAGUGAGGCAUACAAAAGCUGCAGAGUCCAUUUUUUGAGUGGGUCGAACUGGUGACUGGCAGCAGUACACAAGUAAUAGCCUAUUGUUGUUUUUUUUUUAAAUUAAACUGAGAUAUUCUGCACAUGUUCCAUAAUUCUAUGAUGCAUAUUUGCGUUUUAUUCAUGACUCUUUGCAUUGUACUAGACAGCAUAUGAACAGCAGGAAGAAACAUAACCACAUUGUUUUUCAAACCAUAGCCACUGGAGUAAGAAACGACUGCAGAAAAAAAGAUAGCUAUAAAAAAAUAAAUCAAUAAAAUAAAAAGUCUCACCACUUGUAUAAUACUGCCACCUAAUUCCAGAUCACUGUAUUGCAUCACUUUAUUCCUUCUAACACACUGUGAAUGAGCAGAAUGCAGGAAAGAUUAUUUUUUUCUAUAUUGAGGAUGUGUACAGUAUUUAUUUUUAUUUUGUGAAGUUUGAUAGACUUUAUA